AUGUCGGACAGUUCGAAUUACAGCGCGACAGACAUCAUCACCUUUGUAGGUGUACCCCUAGCAGUACUAGGGGUGCUCCCCAUUCUUUACAACACAUUUGUCACGUUGGUGGCAUUGUCCAAGAUCAAGCGCAUACUGAGUUCGUCGCGACUCACCGCGCUCACCAGGAGCGAUGUUGUAAACCGCGUCAUCGAGAUUGAACUGCCGAGAUACGCAGUUACUCCUUGGGACAGAUUCCAAGACCGGCCAGAAUAUUGGCGACUGUCGCGCACCCCCAGCGCCAUCCCCGGCGGCUCCUGGACGACCUUCAACUGGCGGACCAACGUCAUAGGGCUCAAGGUGCAGCGGCUCGAAUAUGCGGACCAGCUCAGGCAGCCGCAGGUGGAGAUCGCGUUCGACCAGCUUGUCUGCUACCUGCUCGAUCUGGGCGCUGUACCGGACCCCCACGGCUGGAAGCUGCUGAGAACGACGGGGCUGUGGACGCCCGUGGGGUGUGCUUUGAUGAAGAGCCCCGAUGGGAGGGAGAAGGCGCUUAGCAUUGCGCCGUUGGACGACUCGGAUGGUAUGUUGUCGCUGUCGGUGGCGUGGAAUGAGCGGUGGACCACGAGGAACCAUUCGCAUCUGCCGCCUUAUUGGGUCGAGCUGCCGCCUUGGCCACAAAGGCGAGGGAAGAAGCAUGCGGAAGAUGCAGGCAGUGAUGCCAACUCCGUGACUGAAAAGCCUUACUCCGACACACGUCAACCCGGUUUAGAAAAAGACACUGCCUCCUCGCUACACCGCAAAGACUCUCCUGCACACGAACACCAGCCCAUAACCUGCCAAAUCACAGGCGACGGCCUCGUAUCCGCACUAACACACACCACCGACGACGACGAACCCCACAGCCUCCCGAUGGACCACCUCCGCACCUCCUCCUCUCCAACCCACGGCAGCGCAGGCGACUGGUUCGCCAGCGCCGCGACCGCCUUCGGCACCACGUCGCAGACGGUCCUGUGGAGCUACCGCACGCCGCCGACGAUCCGGCGCUUCGCCCGCCGCGACACCAUCCCCUGCGGCGUGCUGGUGCUGCUGUCCCUCGUCGACGACACCGAGACCCCCGCCUGGGCCACGGCCUCCUUCUCGGCCGAGGAGCGCCAGCGCGCAGAGGACCUCGACGCCAUGGUCCGCCGCGGCCGCGAGCAGCGCGCCGCCGUCGCCGCCGAGGCCGCCAUGCCGUCGCCGCAGCGCGAGGCCGCCGUCAGAGAGCGCGUGCGCCGCGAGGGCGAGCAGCGAAUGAUGGACCUCCGCGACCGGCAGCGCGGGAUGGCCGAGAGGCGGGAGGCACGGCUCGUCGAGGCGCUGGCCAGUCCGAGGUGGGGCGCUGAGAGGGUCGCGGGGUUGUGUCUGCGGUGGCUUGGGAGGGAGGGUGGGGAGGAGUAUAAGAUUUGGUGCGAGGAGGAGGAGGAGGAGGAUGGGGAGGGGAAGGGUGGCGGUUGCGUCAAGGAGGCGGUCGGGAGGCUGCUGUGGCGCAUGGUGAGGGACCGCUCGCUGGCCGGCAGGGUGUGUGGUUUGUUGGACAUGUGGAUGGCGUGGGCGGACAAUGGCGGCAUGCGCAUGUCGGACUUUCGGGCGCUCGAGGAGGACAGAGUCACGUUUACGCUGGCGGCGCUCGUCGUGGCGCUGAUUGCCGAUACUGAGGCCGCGGCCGAGGGGACCGUGUCGAUGGACCUGCAAGAGUGUAUUCGGAUGUGGGCAAAGGUCAGGCUGGGUUGA